AACAUCAUCCAGUCAAACGAAAAUAGACGAAAGUGUUCUCAAAUUCGGAUUUUCCAAUUGGGCAGUAAAAUGCGAAAUAAAAAAUAGAGAAACAGGAACGACUGCCAAAUUGUAUUUAUAAAUAUUUAAGCCCAGUAAUGAAGCACUGAAAAUGCAAGAAAACUUUUUAACUUUGGUUUGACUCAGCGAAGUGGGUACUUCUUUGGCACCCCAAAAAUUUCACAACCAAGAGAUACAUUAUCGCCAGCUAACAUCUUCGGAACCUUAUCGCUGAAUGUCAAUGGCAGUUAUCUGCCGAUAGAUAUACAAUUGCUCUCAGAAACUGAUAUAAAAGCGCUGUUCAGCGAAAAUUUCCCAAUCGAAACGCGUAGCCCACAUCGAAUUGGGCCAAAAUGGAUUUCACCCUGCUGACACUUGCCCUUGUGCUCGUCGCACCUGUAUUUACACCUGUCCACUGUCAGGUGGCCUGCAAUGCGAGGAGCGGCGCUGUCCGCCAGAAACGCAUCGUUUUCAGCAGUCCGGGCACAGGUGAGAUGGCCAAGUUGGACACUUGCCAGUACCGCGUGGCGCCAUGGAGCGGUCAGGUGUGUCAGGUGCGCCUGGAUUUCGAGCGCUUGGAGCUGCCGCAGCCGCAGUUAAAUGCCAAUUCCGGACUGCUGGAGUGCGUCGAUUUUCUGCAGAUUCGGCAUUUCCGGCUCUGCGGUCGCAACAGCGGUCAGCACUUGUAUUUACCAAUGCGCCUGGGUCAGGAGCUGCAGCUUUUGUUCCAGCUGGCCACGCCCCUCGGCAGGCAGUCCACCUGGCAGGUGACUCUCACCCAGCUGGAGUGCCCCAGGGAUUCGGUUAGUGGGAAUAGAAGGCAACCCGUGGUGCAGGUACCAACUGUACGGCCCAUCCUGCCCUUUUUGGGCAAUCUCCUGCCGCGCACCAUUUUCGGCGGUCAAAAUGGAAUCGGUUCGGGAUCCGGUCCUGCCGCCCAGCUCAUCCAGACCCUCAGAUCGCCUUCCGUGGCCGAUCUGGAGUUGCUGGCUCCGCUGGGCUGCGAUCAGUACUUCAGGACCACGACUGGUGGCAUCGUGAGCUUCAACUUUGCCGGUGGCAUCUAUAUGCCCAACAUGAGGUACUCGAUUUGUGUCAAGGGAGCAGCCGACAACGAGAUAAGCUACAAGAUAGAGCACUUUGAGCUCUCGAAGGCGAACUCCGAGCAGCAAGGACCCGCCUACGACACCGAUUGCCGCAGCACGGUGUUGACCCCGUUGCGAGUAUCCGACUACCUGGGCAUCUCGAAUGCCUAUAUGGUCGCCAGACCGGAGCUGCAGGCCACUUACUACUGUGGCAAUGGACUGGCCGGCCAGGAAAUCGUGGCCCGACCACCGUUUGUCCUGCGAUUCGCCAGUGAUUCGCAGUCCAGUGCCUCCGAAACGGGCUUCCAAUUGACCUACACGGUCCGUCGGUCACAGGAUCCUCCAGUGGCGGCAGAACUGUAAAUUGGCAUACACAAAGCCACAGUCUUAACUAAAUCAACGCACCCAAGUCAACCGAAAUUGACAUUAUUAAAUGCUGCAGUGAUACUCGCACUGUGAACCAGGACAUUCCAUGGCCACGGAUUUGCCUUAAUUAAAUGCCCGGCUCCGGUAUUAAGUCACAUGUAUCUGUAUCUCAGUGUAUGCAAAUAAAUUAUGGAAAGCCCAGUGGCAUAAAUGGCAUGUGGUUGACAAAUAUGGCAAUAUGCGAAGGGGAAACGGGUUCAAUGGAAUGUGGAUAGAAUUCCAUAGUUGAUUAUUUUGAUAUAUGCAGAGCAAUGUGGAGCUUCGCAUAAGAGUAUAAUGUGAAAUAUAUAUUGACUUGGCAUGCGUUUGUGGAGAUACUUAAUUGAGCAAUUUAAUCGGAGAGCUAUUGGUUGAAAUUCUUGGGCUGCCAUAUACAUAUAACAAAA